AUGGAUUGUCCAGGAUAUAAAAAGUGCUGUAAGACAUCUACGGGAACCCAUUGUUCAGAUCCUGUUCCAGAAGAACGAACAGUGACAAAAUACUGGUAUAAUGUGUCAGCCCUUGUGAAAACGGAUUUCAGUGAAUUAUACAAAGUAGCUCCAAGACUUCUGAAUCAUUCACGUUUUUUGCACUCUGUGAUUACUGGAGCAUUGUGGCCCAUGAAUAUCUCUGUGUAUCAUAUCCAGACAACCAAGUCAGAAACUUAUGCAAACACAUUAGCGUCUCGUUUCCUGCUUGGUCUGCAGCAACUGGUUCCAUUGGACAAUAUUUCUUCUUUGCUGAAGAAAAUUGUGAUCAGAGUAUCUGAAGUUAUUGACAUUGUUGUAAAAGAUUGUGAUCAUGAUAUACCCAACAUUUUGAUUAAAAAUACGCAUUCUUCUAAUUUGUUGAGAAAUUCAAGAUCUGCAGAACCUGAAAUUAAUGUAUCAGUAGAUUCUGAAUGUGAUCCUCCUUCUAUUAGAAACCACAAUAUCUUCAAUGUAACUAGCAGCAGUUUUGAAGCAUCUUGGAGUAUUAAUUCUUCGCAGAACCAUUCGUUCCGAGUAGAAGUGUACAAAGGCAAGGAACUUGUUGAAAGAAUGGAAAUCACAGAUAUGAAGCUAACUAUGUUAAAUCUAGAAGCAAGUGUAAUGUAUACAAUGUCCAUCAGCUAUGAAGCUUGUGGUAAAAAUGUUACCUCCAGUAGAAUUGUGAAAACAGGUGAAAUUGUGGAUCCUGUUACUACACAGGGAUCAAAUGUAACUGAUUAUACAACUACCACACCUUUCUCAAAGGCAGAAAUACAGGAGGUGUCAUCUUUCACUAAGUAUACUGAAGCAACAGUGCUGCCAUCUAGUGGCAUCCAGGAGUCAAGCACUCUUUCAGCAGGGAAGACAUUGGCAACAUCUCAAAAGAUGAAUAUAUCAGGGAAUUUCAGGAAGAAUAGCACCUUAAAUAGCCCAGAAACAGUUACUUUGGCUCCAAAAUGGUCGGGCAAUGUAACAAUCUCAAAUGGAACUGUAGCUGAAGAGAGAUGGACCACCCAAGAUCAGCAAAACUCUUCAAUGACAUCAUCACCUGGAGUUUCAAACAUAGAAAACUAUUCUUUUAAGAGCAAUGAACCUACAGUGGAGGCUAGCACAACUCGCUUCUCAAUUGAAAGAAGUUCUGAGAAUGUUAUAGCCGUGAAUGUAACUGAAAAUGCCAAAUUUCAUGCUUUGAACCAUACCCUUGAUAGGCACAUUGGGGGAACUAACAGCUCUUGGUCUAAUGAAAGAAACAGUACAGCACCACCAUCUUCUUUCAAGAAGAAUAUGGCAAUCUCCCUUGCUACAGAUUUGAGUGCGGUAUUUCCAGCUGAAAGAAUAUUUUUUUCCAGUGUGAUGAAUACUAGCUUUCAGAUUGCCUGGACUACACAUUUUUCAGCAAAUACUACUUUCCAUUUUCUGCUCUUUGAGCAGGAACAGCUGAUAAAGAAGAUUAAAACCCAAAGCUGUCAUCUGAAUAUUUCUGAACUAAAACCAGGAACUUUGUACACUGUUAAAAUAAAGCCAGACUUUUAUGGAAAUGAAAGUAAAAUCGUGCAACGUAAAAUAAAGACAGCUGCCCAGAAGUUUAAUGGGACAAUUAGGAUAACAAAUCUGAACUAUAGCUCAGAGUUCAGCAACUCAAGAAGUGAAAAGCACCAAAAUUUUUCAAAGAUGUUUCUUAAUGAAGUCCGAACAUCUUUGCCUCCUAAUAUUCUUCAAAAAAUGGAUGCUGGUAUGAUUAACAUUUCAAUAGUAAGCAUUAUCCCAGGAAGCAUUGUGGUCAAUUUCAGCCUCUUGAUUCCAACAGACAUGGAUGCAAGGAAUGUUUCUGAGUCUCUUCUUGAAGCUUUUCGAAACAGCAGCCUUUUCAAGGUUGAUAAUAGCAGUCUUUCCAUAUAUGAUAACAAUGAAUGUGAGAGAGAGGAAACAGAUUGUUCUCCUAAUGCGUCCUGCUACAAUAUUUAUGGGUCUUAUGAAUGCAAAUGCAAAGAAGGAUUUGUCAGUGUAAAUGCUGAGAGACCUGGGAGAAACUGUGAAGUACUUUCUUCCAGCCUUAGUUCUGGAGAUGAACGGUCAAAGGAAUGGAGCAGCACAACUUUACCCUUGACCUAUCCAUCUACUUCAGACCCCAUGCCUUCAUCUGCCAAAGAUAAUUUUUCUAUUAGUAGUGGCAGAAGCUUGGAAAAUGCAACUGCCAACACUACAAUUAAUAAGCAAAAUAUAAAUCAAAGAACAAACAUUAGUGAUUUACCUCAGAAUUCGCCCUUGAUUAAGAGUUCUGCUGCUGGUUCAAUUAAGGAGGCAGUUCAAGUACUGUGUGAGUUUGAAAAAAUUGUCGUCUCCAUUAAGAAGAACUUUCUGCACCAGCAAUCUAUCCCAGAAACUUCCUUGUACCUAGGGAAUCCUCGCUGCAAUGUAACCUCCAGUAAUUCUAGUCAUGUGGUACUUCAGACAGGCUGGAACGAGUGCGAAACUGAAAUACAAACUAAUACCACACACACCAUUGCAAGAACUGUUCUUCGCAAUGAUUAUUCUUCCCAUGGGAUUAUCUACCACUUAAAGAUUUCAAGUCAAAUUCAUUGUAUCUUUCAGAACAAUCUCUUAACUUCAUCUGGAUAUACUUCAGAAGGAAUUUAUACCAUUUUUGAAGAUUUACAUGGAUCUGGACAUUUCUUAACAGAAAUGCGAUUGCUUAUUGGCAAUUCUCCAAUUCCACAAAAUUUCAGCAUCUCUGGCAGUGAUAAUAUAGUAAUUGAGGUGGGAGUUCAAACAAGAAGCAAGAAACUCAAAGUGGUUGUUAGCCAAUGUUGGGCAACCCCAACCAAUAACUCAAUGGAUCCUCGCUCAUUUCAUUUUAUACAUGGCGGUUGUCCAGUUCCAAAUACAAACACCAACGUGAUUGCAAAUGGGAUAGCCAACCGAGCCCGAUUUAAACUGAAAAUAUUUUCAUUUGUCAAUGGUUCAGUGGUUUACUUACAUUGCAAAAUCCAAAUUUGUGUUGAACUUCCUAAAAGCACUUGUAGAACGAAUUGCCAGGGUUUCCGUUUUUGGAAAACAGGUGAAAUUAUUGAUACACCCAAAACAACUUGGGGUCCCCUUCGCAAAUUCAGUGGUAAACCACUAGCUGGAUUAAAGGAAAAGAAAAAAAGUGGUAUGGGAGUAGGCUAUAUCGUCCUCAUUGUUAUUGGCGUACUUGUUCUCGCGCUGGGAAUAGCAGGACUUUUGGUCUGCCGAUACAAACACAAGGCUGGGACCUAUGACAUCAAAAGGAGGACUGAGUGUUUUAACUACCGAGCCUUCCAUGAUUGAAAUACAUCUGGAAUCUUUCUAUAAAUAUAUUGGUCCAUGAAAUGCUGGAGGUGAAAGGCAGAACCAAAGCAGCUGAUACUCAGAUUAUCGGGCCUCUGAGAACUUCUUAUUACAUUUAUGUUGCUAUUGCAAACCAUUUGCAUCAUUUCAAGAGGGAAGAACAUUCACCAGUGAUUUUGUAAUUGGAUGUAUUUUUGCUCUGCCUCCCAGUUCCACAAUUAAUAUCACUUGCUUUUAAAAAGGUAGAAAACUUUUAGCCAUGUAAGAAAGUAAACCAAACAUGUUCUUUGAUCAGAAUCUUCCUUAUAUGUACUGUAAUUUUUAAAUACUGAAUGGAUCAUACAGUGCAAAAUAUCCCUUUCUUAAAACUCAUGUCUCCAUGAAGUUGCUUCUGCAGAUCUCUAAUUCUUACAAUAGCUUUCAAUCCAACAUUCAACUUCACACAUCUACUUGGCAGAAAACUUAUUCAUUCAAUUUCCCUUUGGAUAGUUAGCCUGGAAGCUCUGAAUGUGGACUUGAAAUGAGGGAGAGAAAGAAAAAAGGGAGAGACAAAGGAAGGAAGGGAGAGAAAGAAAGAAACCAGAAAACACUAUCGAUUGUAAUACAAUAAUACUUGGAUCUUCAAUGAUUUGGAUGUUUUUUGAGUCUACAAAAUUUGCUAGAAUUUUGCUAUAGGAACGGCCUUUUAAAUUUUUUACAAUGCUUAAUACUUCAGUAAUUGUAGCAAGUAAAAUUGCUGCUAUAAAAUAGAUUGAUUUGGACAGACUAAGAGCUAAAAAUAAAUACAGAAACUUUGCUGAUGUGCUUUUAGAAACUGCUGAAUUUUGGGUAUGUUUAUUAUAAAUCUUCAUUCCAAAGAAUGCUAUUUGUCUUAUAAACAUAUAGGAAAGAGGAACUAUUUUUAUAGCUAUUGUUUUUGACUUUCUAUAUCAUACUAAAAUUAAGUGAACAUUACCACUAUUGUAGGUGAUUUGUGAAGUGGGAAGAGCUGAAAGAGAAA